AUGCCAUUCUCUCUCUUAGCUUUGGCAGCUCUUGCUCUUUGUUCUACGGCCUCAGCUCUACAAAAGUUUCAAUUCACACAAUUCUACCCAGAAUAUCGCCAAACCUUCACUAAAACAAUUACCAACAAUUGUUCUACCGUCUUUCAACAAUAUUUGAGCUCUCCUCCUGGGCUCCUUUUCAAUCCUUCGUAUACCCUGGUGUUCAAUUGCCUUGUGGCUAAUACCCAAGAACUCAUCAAGUCUGAUAUGGCAAGUUCUAGCGUUGUCCUUGGUCUCAUGCCGACUAUUCUAAGCCUUCUUGGAACUACAACGCCCGAGUUAGCUUUAUUGUCAUCAAGGCGGCCACUCCUUGCAUUUUUUCUCCCAAUUGGAUCGCCACCUGUUAAUCCUAUCCGUGCCUUUGAUUAUCAUCAACCGAUUGAAGCACUCAAGCACGGUAAAAGUCUGCUAGGGGGGAAAUUCCAGUCGAAGUACAGCAGACUUAUUGUGCUUCUUGAGUUAAUCGCUACUGGUGCAGCAUUUGCCAAUAUUUGGACAGUCACUCUGCAACUGGGGCAGUGGACAGUAAUUAGUACUGGCUGUGGCUUUAUCUGGAAGGAGAUGAUAUGGGUAGGCUCGGCAGUCGUUAUCCAUUUAUUUGGCACUCUUGCCUUUUCUUUCAGGACUAAAGUUGAGCAUUCUGGUAGUACCACCAGCGGCACUCUUGUUCAGAGAUUGAUAGAGAGGCUGAAAAGAUGGGCAAAGAGUGAAUUUGUCUCUUGUAGGACUCAAACGAAGCAUACCUUGAUAUGGCAGUCGGAGAACGUGUGGUUCUUGGGUCUCUCCUGGUGGGCGUCAAUGGCAACUAUUGCCCAUAUUGUCUAUGGCACAUCAACGUUCUCCUCAGCGACUUUCAUAGGGCAGAAUGAUGCGGUCGCUGUCUUUGCCAGAUAUGCUACCUCGGUAGCUGUGUGUAGGAUAGUGGUAGCGUAUGAGCUUUCAGGAUUGAGGGCUACAAUACGUGUUGUUGAAGAAACUGAAAGCCCUUCCGAAUAA